AUGACGUCACAACAGUCACCACUCCUAUUACGGGUACUUUCUGCGGUUUUCUAUGGAGUCAUUUCGGUGCUGAUUGUGUUUGUUAACAAGAUUCUAUUGACUAACUAUAAGUUCCCAUCAUUUCUGUUCGUUGGAGUCGGUCAAAUGAUGGCUACCAUCGUCAUCCUUUUCCUGGCCAAGGUUUUCCGAAUUGUACAAUUUCCAUCGCUCGAUUCGUCAAUUCCUAGGAAAAUCAUGCCGCUUCCACUUUUGUACUUCUUCAAUCUGAUCUCUGGACUCGGCGGUACUCAAAUGAUCAACUUACCAAUGUUCACGGUUCUUCGUCGAUUCUCGAUUCUGAUGACCAUGAUUCUAGAGUUUUACAUUUUAGAUGUGAAAGCGUCGAAGGCAGUCAAGAUCUCAGUUGGAUUGAUGAUUGGAGGAAGUUUCAUCGCUGCUAUCUACGAUCUCUCGUUUGAUGCUCUCGGCUACACUAUGAUUCUUGUCAAUAAUAUCUGCACGGCAGCAUUAGGAGUCUACACGAAGCAAAAGCUUGACGCGAAGGAUCUCGGAAAGUACGGGUUGAUGUUCUACAACUGUCUCUUCAUGCUUCUCCCAGCUCUCUGUGUUGUCCAAUACACUGGUGACCUAGAUCGUGCGUACGCGUUCAUGCUAUCCGACUCGAUGACGUCGUCUGUUUGGGCAUGCUUCGUGCUCUCAUGCAUCUGUGGAUUCGUGCUCAACUAUUCCCUCGUUCUGUGCACCCAUCACAACUCUGCCUUGACAACAACAUGCGUUGGCCCGAUUAAGAAUCUGUUCGUCACCUAUGUAGGAAUGUUCUCAAGUGGAGAUUACGUCUUUCAAUGGGCCAACUUUACGGGUAUCAAUAUCAGUGUAUUCGGCAGUAUUCUCUACACUUAUGUCACAUUCCGCACUAAAUCCACGACGAUCUCCUACAAACCACUUCCGAUGACAAUGCCAACAGAUGUUCAUAAACCAAGAAAAUAA